AUGUCGAACCCUACCGCCGACCUCGGUCGGAUGACGUCCAACCUCAGCCUCAACGACCCUUCUACGUCCUCGUCCGCCUCGCCCUCUGGCUCUUCGCAGCCACCAUCGCAGUCGCCGUCACGGCCCAUGCCGCCGCACAACGGCAUGGCAUCGCUCCAGCAGCGCGCCACGGGCGGGCCGCCGUCUCGAUCGCCCGGGAUGUUGCCGCCGGGUUCCCGGCCGAUGGGCCCGGGAGGGCCGAUACCGCCGCGCGGAGGCGUUGCGGGUCUGAAUGAGCGCACGCGGCAGAUGGCCAGCACCAAGCUGCCGCCCAGCUUGCAGGCCAAGCUCGCCGCCAACGCCAAUCGUUCCGCCUCGGGAGGGAGCAGCCCGAGCCCCGGCGUGCUGGGACACGACCAGAAGAUCGACAGCUCCUCAUUGCUAGGCUCUGCGGGAGGCAUGGGCAGCCUGACACCGUCGCUGGGGCUCGGCGGCCUAGCGGCUCGGCGAGCGGCCAUGGGAGGUCUCGGCUCUGGCGCUGGCUCGCCCGUGUCGGCUGGCGGCCCGCCGGGAGCCGGCAUGGGCGCCAGGCGCAAUCGCCCCGGUCUCAAGCUGAGCGACAUGGGCAUCUCUCCGAGCGAGGGCGUCGGCUCUCCCGCCCCAUCUUCCUCUUCCUCAUCGUCGGCCUCGUCCGGCGGUCUCGGUGGCGGGCGGCGGGCGGCUCCCCCCGGCAGGCUCAGCUCAGGUGGCGAGGACGCCAACGGUUCCGGCGCCAUGAGCUCGCCCUUCAGCAACUUUAGCAAGAUUGUCGACCCCUCCGGACGGCUCAACUUCAGCGGCAAGGCGGUUCUGCACGCCUCGGGCGUCGAGUUUGGCAACGGCACUUCGUUCCAGAUCAAGAUGGAGGACCUCGAGCUGAUGGACGAGCUGGGCAAGGGCAACUACGGCACCGUCCGCAAGGUCCGCCAUACUCGGACAAAGGUCGACAUGGCCAUGAAGGAGAUCCGCCUGGAGCUCGACGAGUCCAAGCUCAACGGCAUCAUCAUGGAGCUCGACAUCCUCCACCGCGCCAUCUCGCCCCAGAUUGUCGAGUUCUACGGCGCCUUCUUCAUCGAGAGCUGCGUCUACUACUGCAUGGAAUUCAUGGACGCGGGCAGCCUCGACAAGCUGUGCUGGGGCCGCGCCACGGUGCCCGAGGACGUGCUGGCACGCAUCACGCGCAGCAUGGUGCUCGGCCUCAGCUUCCUCAAGGACGAGCUGCAGAUCAUCCACAGGGACGUCAAGCCGACCAACGUCCUCGUCAACCGCAAGGGCGAGGUCAAGCUAUGCGACUUUGGCGUCUCGGGGCAGCUCGAGAAGAGUCUGGCCAAGACCAACAUUGGCUGCCAGAGUUACAUGGCUCCGGAACGCAUCAAGGGCGAGUCGCAAAACAUGCUGGGGACGUACACGGUCGCGUCGGACGUAUGGUCGCUGGGCCUGUCGAUUGUCGAGAUGACGCAGGGCACCUACCCGUACCCGCCCGAGACGUACUCGAACGUCUUUGCGCAGCUGCAGGCCAUCGUCCACGGCGACCCGCCGGAGCUGCCGGCGGAAAUCUACUCGGACACAGCAAAAGAUUUCGUGGCGCGGUGCCUGGAAAAGGUGCCGGGACGUCGGCCGACGUACGCCCAGCUGCUGCAGGAUCGGUUCCUGCUGCAGGACGAGGAGAGGGGCCAGGGCGGCGUGGAUAUGGUCGGGUGGGUCAAUCUGGCCAUCGAGGAGAGGAGCAAGAAGAGGGAAAGGGAGAGGAGCGAGGCUGAGGCUCAGGGUCAGGGUAAGGGUCAGGGUUCCGGGUCAGGCGAGCCGAGUCCCGCCGCUGGUGCUGGUGCUGGUGCUGGUGCUGGUCUCGAUGCGCAGGCUCCCGAACUCGCCGCAGCCCAAAACGCUGAAGCUCCAACGUCGACGCCUUCACCGACGCAACCUCAACCGUAG